ACGGACACUCGUAAUACAAGUGCCAGAACGCUAAGGUUACGCAAAAGGUUGCUCCAAAGAUGGGGGCAACUUAUUCCCAGGCUUCUAGACCAGUGGAAGUAUUAGCUGCUUCAACUCAAGAUGAAGUGGGAUUGAUACCUUCCCCACUUCAUGACAAGGCCAAGGCUAAUGACCCCUUAGUCACCCCGCAGACACAACUAGACCAAACUAUGCUCUGUACGUUAGAUGUGUCUGAAGCCUUAGAAGACUUGGAGAGUGAGUGGUCAAACAAGGACCCUCGCGAGUCUUGGGUGGCGCAGAGAAAAGGUCCUAGAGAGGGACAUUUUGUGGUGGAAGUCGAUGUAGGAGGCCGCAAAUGUGGUGCUUUCAUAGACAUAGGCUCCACGCGGAAUUACAUAAGUCGCGACUGUUUGGAAAGGUUGCACCUACAGGACCGGGUAUGGCACCUUAGUAGACCAGUAGCAUCUACUUUGGCCAACAAGGAGCGCAUGAUUGUAACAGACUACAUCAAGGACGUAGUCUGUACCUUCUCCUAUGGAGGAGGUGAGCUUAACCAUAAGAUCUCGUUCUUGGUUAGCGACGACUURCCAUUUGACAUGUUAUUAGGCAUGUACUACCUCGAAGUUGCUAAGCCCCAGUUCGACUGGGAUAAGAAGGUGCUCAAGCAUAAGUUGCCCGAUGGCCGAACAGUCAGAUUGACCAAGUUCAAGGCCAGUAGUAUUAUAGAUACAUAUGGUUGCUUGUGCGCAUCAGCGUUCUACAACUAUUACAAGCAAAACCAAGAGGAGGGUAUGUACCUUGUGUAUGUCUCUGAGAAGGGGGGGGGCGUUAAAACACACCCAGAGAUAGAACGCGUCGUUGCUAAAUUCCCUGAUCUGUUCGAGGAGCCCACACGAGUUGUUGAAAGGGAAGUCGUCCACGCUAUAGAAAUCAUUCCAGGGAGUAAGACCCCAAAGGGAGGGAUCUAUAGGAUAACCCCCGCCGAGUUAGAUGAACUUCAGCGACAGCUUAAGGAGCUAACAGAGAAGGGUUGGAUUCGGCCUAGUAGUUCCCCUUACGGAUCACCCGUUCUAUUCGUACUGAAGAAGGGGGGUACUUUGAGGAUGUGCAUUGACUAUAGAGGCCUCAAUGCCAUCACUGUGAAGAACGCAGAGCCUCUACCUCGCAUAGACGACCUAUUGGAUAGGGUGCAGGGAUGCAAGUACUAUAGCAAGAUAGACUUGAAAUCCGAAUAUCAUCAGAUCGCAAUAAGACCCGAGGACCAACACAAGACAACUUUUCAGACUAGAUAUGGUCUGUAUGAGUUUGUUGUGAUGCCUUUCGGUCUUUGUAAUGCGCCGUGUACAUUCCACUACGCUAUGAAUCGGAUCUUCCAUGACCAUUUAGAUAAGUUUGUCGUGGUCUACUUAGACGACAUUCUUAUCUUUAGUAAGUUUGUCGAGGAGCACGCACAACAUGUUGAGAAGGUACUCUCACUCCUGCGACAGCACAAGUAUAAGGUCAACUUAGAGAAGUGCGAGUUUGGCCGUACUAAGAUACUAUACUUGGGUCAUGAAGUAUCCGCGGAGGGGAUUAGGCCGGAAGAUGCGAAGGUGGCUAGUAUUCGAGACUGGCCACGACCUCAGGCAGUCACUGAGGUCAGAUCAUUCUUAGGAAUGUGCGGCUACUAUAGGAACUUCGUAAAGAACUAUUCUACAGUCGCCUCUCCUUUGACUGAUCUAACUCGACUUGACACACCAUGGGACUGGAGUGAUGAAUGCGAGGGUGCUUUCAAGAGAUUGAAGCAUGCGCUCAUGAAUCAUGAGGUCCUCAUGGUUCCCGAUCCGCAAAAGCCAUUCAUAGUGACCAUUGACGCAAGCCAAUACGGCAUUGGCACAGUGUUGGCUCAGCAGGAUGGGAAAAAGUUGACACCGAUUGAGUACAUGAGUAAGAAGAUGCCAUCCAAGAAGUUGGCUAAGUCCACCUAGGAAAGGGAACUCUAUGCUCUCUACAAGGCACUUGUCCAUUGGAGACAUUUCCUUUUAAGAAG